CCUCGAAUGAAAAACACCAAUUCAACAGCAAUGAGUUGGCCGAGGCAGCCACCACGAUGCAGAAAUGUGUCCAAGGCAGGAGACACCAUCUACUCAUGCAGGGACUGUGUUAUGGACAACUGCUGUGUGAUGUGCGAGGACUGUUUCCAGAACAGCGUUCACUGGACUCAUACGAUUAAGAAACGUGAGUCCAACGGCGGCACUGCCUGUAGCUGUGGGGAAGUGGAGGUGUGGAAACGCGCCCCCUACUGUUCCAAACACGCCCCUGCAGGCUCUGGUGCCGCAGCCAGGGAGACCCCCCCUACACAAGCAAAUAUCAGGAGCAGAGGCAUCAGGUGCCUGGUCAUCAGCAGCCUGAGCCGUCUGGUAGAGGAGGUAGGCUCCACUACAACACACCUUUCAGUGGGCUGGCUCCACUCACAGUAA